GCACCACUUACGGUCCCUCCUUCUCUCCGUUUUCAUUUUCCAGGAAACAGUCUGUUGUCAUGGCCCAGGUUAAAGCCUACGAGUUGCGCAACAAAACCAAGGCUGAGCUGACUCAGGAGCUCGACAGCCUGAAGAAGGAGCUCUCCUCCCUCCGCGUUCAGAAGGUCGCUGGCGGUGCUGCUUCCAAGCUCGCCAAGAUCUCCGAGACCCGCAAGGCCAUUGCCCGUGUCCUCACCGUUAUCACCCAGACCCAGCGUGAGCAGCUCCGUCUCUUCUACAAGAACAAGAAGCACCUGCCUCUUGAUCUCCGCACCAAGAAGACCCGUGCCAUCCGCCGCCGUCUGACCAAGUUCGAGGCCACCCGCAAGACCGUCAGACAGAUCAAGAAGGAAACUCACUUCCCUCUCAGAAAGUACGCUGUCAAGGCCUAAGGUUUUUGAUUGCUGUAAUACAGACCUUCCAAAAGUAAAGCGGGACGCCCACAUUCAUGUUUGAGACCCAUGAUUCGCGAGCAGUGUCCAUCGACAGGCGUUGCCUUGAGGUCAUCCUAUCGCCGCUGUUGCCGCCGGUUGUUGUUGUGAAGGUCGUCUUGGCUGGAGAUCCGUGAACCCGUAUGUCCAUGGUUCCACUGGUUGAUCUCCAUGAGCGCUGAUCGACUUGCCCACGGCGGCCAUGUGUUCUUGGCCGAGUUGGUGUUGGAAUACUGGAGCCGUGGGUUGGGUGCGUCAAGUCGAUCGGCCGCGGUGCGCCAUGACAUCCACUGCAACAUGAACACCCUGACGGC